UCAGGAAGAAAUAGAUGCUAUUAUUAAUUUGACGAGUAAUGAAAAUGAAGAAAUUGAAAAAAACAAAUAUUUAAGAGUAGAUUUAGACUCUAGUAAAAUUAGAAGGGAAAAAGUGUUAAGAUACUUAGAAUCUAUGCAAAGUAAUCUUAAUGCU